AGUAUAAGAAGCAGUUACGUGUUCCGCAAAACGCGUGCGUUUAAAAUGUCGAUCAAAAAGUCUGAUUUAUCUGUGGGAUUUACUGAAGGAAAUGUCGAACAAACUACAGAAGAAAGAAGAUUGUUUCAAAAGCAACAUAUACAAAAAAUUAAGUCGAUCGCUGGUCACGUUGGACUUUUGAUUGCAUUGAUGCUUUAUACAGCAAUUGGUGGUUUAGUUUUUCGGCAUAUCGAACUUCCGGCAGAAUUAGCGCGUUUGGAAGUUUUGCGCGCCAAUUUACGUGCUGAAAGAUAUUCAUUUGUCAAUGCGGUUUCCAACAAUACCGAUGUGUCAAAUUUACGCACAUUGGUUAGCGUAAAAUUACGUGCUUACGAAGAGGCAGUCCAGAAAGCAGCACAAGGUGGUUUGUUGGUCUCUUUCGUGACAGACACAAUAGACCAAGAAAAUCGAGAUACGACAGAUUUACAGCCGAUCGUAACUGAAAGAUGGAGUAUUUUUCAGGCCGUAUUUUUCGCUAGCACUGUUCUUACAACGAUUGGAUAUGGGAACGUUGUACCAUCUACUAAUCUGGGAAGGAUGUUCUGCAUCUUAUUCGCAUUCGUUGGCAUACCUUUGACAUUGAUAGUAAUAGCUGAUUGGGGGAAACUAUUCGCUGGAGGUGUAGUUAAAAUCGCCUUAACCCUAAAAUCGAAACUCCCGCUUCACUUUUCUUUUCCCUGCGUUCCGACAAAUUUAGCAGGAAGGCGAUCGCUUGGAGCAUUUACAGCGAUUGUUUUACUUUUUUUAUACCUCGCUUGCGGUGCAGGUAUGUUCAUGUUAUGGGAAGAUGACUGGAAUUUUUUUGAUGGAUUUUAUUUUUGUUUUGUCACUAUGACCACGAUAGGGUUCGGUGACUUAGUACCGAGUAAGUAUUAAA